AUGCGAGGCUUCAUUCAAGCUGCGUUGCUGUCGCCUUUGGCUUUAGGGAGUGUGCUCCCCUACGAGGACAAGCAGUUCGAGAAGAGAAGUUUCGAUCGCGUCGAUGACAUCCUCGCUGGCUUGGGUAGCAUCAAGCAGGAUCUGAUGGCUGGUGGUGCUGCAAUCAACCAGCAACUCUACCAAGCUGUUCAACAGCCCGCGCAGUACAAGAAAUGCAACCCCACUAAUAUCCAAGUCAGGCAGGAAUGGUCUACCUUCUCCAAGUCUGAAAAGAAGGCAUACAUUAGCGCAGUUCAGUGUCUAGCCAAGUUGCCGUCGAAGACGCCAAAGGAGACGUGCCCUGGUUGUAAAAAUCGCUAUGACGAUUUCGUUGCGACCCACAUCCAGCAGUCCUUCAAUAUCCACAUCACGGGAAACUUUCUUACCUGGCACCGAUACUUUACUUGGGCGUAUGAGCAGACUCUUCGUAAUGAGUGCGGCUACAAGGGCACCCAGCCCUACUAUAGCUACUCCAGAUGGUACAAAGAUCCCACAAAGUCGCCUCUGCUUGACGGGUCUGAAACAUCGCUCUCCGGCCAGGGUGCCAAGGGUUGUAGCAACCAAACAUUCACCGGCAUUCCUUCGAACAGCGACGUCAGGAUGAAGAUUCCCCAUGGUCCAGGUGGUGGCUGCGUAACCUCUGGACCCUUCAAGGACUGGACUGUCAAUAUUGGCCCCUUGUUUCCCGCAUCGGAAUGCGUUCGACCGAAUCCCAACCAGGAUUUUGCAGCUGGAUUUGGCCUAGGCUACAACCCUCGUUGUCUUGUGCGCGACAUUACCAGCUUCACUGGUGAGGGGUGGUUGAAGGAUGAUGACGUGGUUUCUCUGCUCAAGAGCGAAAGCUACCAAUCUUUCUGGGAAACCUUGCAAGGCGGGCCUCCUCCAGACAGCUUUACGAACAACUUCAUGGGCGUGCACACGGCUGGUCACUUCAUCAUCGGCGGCGAUCCGGCAGGUGAUUUCACGGCCUCUCCUGGUGACCCAUACUUCUUCUUCCACCACGCCUCGAUUGAUCGGCUCUACUGGACUUGGCAAAACCUGAAGCCGAGUGAGCGUACCACUGCUUUGUACGGUCCUACCAUCAUCCAAGAUCUUACCUCGCCCCCUGCAACUCUCAAAGAUACUUUGGACAUGGGAUCUGCAUACCCUGGGCUCAUCACCAUUGGGGAUGCUUCAAGCACCAUGGGUGGUGCACCGUUCUGGCAGAAACAGCUAAUUACUUCGCCUUAUCCCCAAUAA